AUGUCCGUUCCCCUCCCAUCACCUUCGCGGGUCUCUCUCCUCCCCCCCCGUCGCCUUCUAUCUUCCCUCCCUCCCCGUCACCCUCGCUCUCCCUGUCGCCUGUCCCAUGACCACCUGCUCACCAUCCCUCCCGUCGACUGCGCGCUCUCCCUCCCGUCGCCUUCGCGCUCUCUCCCUCGUGGCCUUCUCGCUCUCCGUCCCAUCGCAUGGGCGCUCUCCCUCCCGUCGCCCUUGCAAUUUCCCCUCUCUUCCCGUCGCCCACUUCAUCUCCUAUCGCUCACGUCCUCCCUUCCCGUCGGCAUCGCGCUCACGUUCCUCCCUCCACUCGACAUCGCCCUCACGUCCUCCCGUCCCGUCGUUCGCCUCCUCUCUCCCAUCCCGUCGUUCACCUCUUCUCCCCUCCCACCCCAUCGUUCGCUUCCUCUCCCCUCCCAUCCCGUCGUUCGCCUCCUCUCCCCUCCCAUCCCGUCGUUCCUCCUCUCUCCCCUUUCUUCCCGUCGCUUUUGCACUCUCCCCUCCCAUCCGCUGGUUAUUACCUUGCCAAACUUAUUUUCUCCACCCUUUUUUUUUAACUUCUUUCAGCCCCAAGUCCAAGGAUACCGCGCAUUCGCUCCCCCCGCGCGCACUCGCUCCCCCAGCGCUCACUCGCUCCCCGCACUCGCACUCGCUCCCCCAGCGCGCAUUCGCUGCCCCCGCGCGCACUCGAUCCCCUCGCGCUCACUCGCUCCCGCGCGCACUAGCUCCCUCCGCGCGCACUCGAUCCCCCAGCGUGCAUUCGCUCCCCCCGCUCUCACUCGCCCACCGCGUUCACUCACUCCCUCCACACGCACUCACUCCCCCAGCGCGCAUUCACUUCCGCCGCGCGCACUUGCCCCCCCCGCGCUCACUUGCCCCCCCCGCGCGCACUCGCUCCCUCCGCGCGCACUCGCUCCCUCCGCGCGCACUCGCUCCCUCCGCGCUCACUUGCCCCCCCCCAGCUCACUCGCUCCCCUUGCGCUCACUCGCCUCCCCCGCGCUCACUCGCUCUCCCCGCGCUCACUCGCUCCCCCCCCGCGCACUCGCUCCCCCAGCGCGCAUUCGCUCCCCCCGCUCUCACACGCUCCCCCCCCGUGCACUCGCUCAUCCUCUCCCAAACGCUUAGGUCUCCUCCUUCCCCUCUUACUAUCUCCUCCACCGCCUCUCCCCCCUUCUAACCGCUCGUCUUUCCCUCCCUGCAUCCCCUCCUUUCCCUCCCUGCAUCCCCUCCUUUCCCUCCCUGCAUCCCCUCCUUUCCCUCCCUGCAUCCCCUCCUUUCCCUCCCUGCAUCCCCUCCUUUCCCUCCCUGCAUCCCCUCCUUUUCCUCCCUGCAUCCCCUCCUUAUCCCCCCUGCAUUCCCCCUGCUACCUAUCGUAUGCGUUGCCAGUGGUGCAGGCACUGGCAGGGCGUGUGGUGCGGCGAGUGCGGGCGGUGGUAGGGUGUGUGCCCACCAGGGACCUGGCUGCUCAGGUGAAGCACGUGUUUGACACCAUAGCGCUGGCUGUCGGCCUUGCAAUAGCUCUCGUCAUCGAAUCAUAG